AUGCUAUCUACCAAAUUCCUCUUUGCGUCGGCUGCGGCCCUCGCUGCGCUCUCCGGCCUGGCAAACGCCCAGACAAAUAUCACCGACCACGAUUGCGCUUCCGCAUCGGAGUACUCAAAAUGCAACAGGAACGUCGCAGACCGAUGGAGCUCUUGCGUUAGAGACUGCCGUGGCGAUGGUAACUGCAUUGUGGACUGUGGUUGUGACUCGCACCAGAAGUAUAUCAACUGUAUGGCUGAGUCCUGCUGGAAUCAGGUCUAUUCCUGCAAAUACCAGCUCUUCGUCCAGCAAUACUUCGCCAUCUGCCCCAGAGCCAGAGAGCCAAUCCCCUUCUGGCCAGCACCGGACAAUGCUCCAAACCGCUGCUCCUGCGAUCUAGGAAAAGUAACCCAAACAACCCUCUCGUCCCGGAAUCAGCAGAUAAAAUGCAUGAAAGACGUCACAGACCACAUCCGCGACGACAUAAGCAGCAUAACCGACCUCUCAAACAUCGGUAACGGCCUCGACAUCGCCAAUCGCGCCUCAGACUGUGCCUGCUGUGGUGCAAGUGCCAGUAUCUCCGCAGCCUGGGACAUCUGCCCACACACAAAACCCACCCUCGCCGGCGCCGACAUGUGGAACCUCUUCUUCCCCACCGACCUCCCAAAUCUCUACACCUCCCUACCAAACUGGGCCUGGUCCUCCUGCGACGCCACGCUGCAGGAAAGCACAUGCAAGAACCUUGGCUUCACAGACACAGACAAGUUCUACAAACCCGGUGAUUAUCCCAGCAAUGGUACUUCGACGCUGUAUGAGGUUGGGGGCAGAGUUACGGCGCCGCCUAGCGGGACGGUCCUUACUUGGUCGCAGGCUUCGGCUACGUAUACUGUUACGGCGACGGGGUAUGAUAGAAAGGCGGUUGCGAGUCAGAGUGAGUAUCGUGCGACGGCUACGGAUGAUGAGGCGUUCCCGUCGCAGACUUCGGAUGGUGCGGCUGCUAGUCUGCGGGCGGGUGUUGGGGCGGUUGUUGGGGCUGUUGUGGCGGUUGUUAUGUUGUGA